AUGGUUCGUUACGCUGCAACCCCAGUUAACCCAGCUAAGUCUGCUUCUGCUCGCGGUGCCUACUUGAGAGUCUCUUUCAAAAACACCAGAGAGACUGCCCAGGCCGUCUCCGGUUGGAACUUGGAGACUGCCCAGAAGUACUUGGAAGAUGUCUUGGACCACAAGAGAGCCAUCCCAUUCAGAAGAUUCAACUCCUCCAUCGGUAGAACUGCCCAGGGUAAGGAGUGGGGUGUCCAGAAGGCCAGAUGGCCAACCAAGUCCAUCAACUACGUCCAGGACUUGUUGAAGAACGCUCAGUCUAACGCUGAGGCUAAGGGCUUGGAUGUUUCCAAGUUGAAGAUCACCCACAUCCAGGUGAACCAGGCUCCAAAGCAGAGAAGAAGAACUUACAGAGCCCACGGUAGAGUCAACGCUUACCAGUCGUCUCCAUCGCACAUUGAGCUUAUUGUCACUGAGGAGGACGAGGAGGUUGCUAAGGCUGACGACUCCAAGAAGGUUAGAUUGAACACCAGACAGAAGGGUAGAUUGGCUUUCCAGAAGCGUAUUUCUGCU